GCCCAUUGGCUUGUGUCAAACGGUGAAUGCUUUUUUUGCUGCAUCUUUUCGCGUACACGUUUGGAGGGCAGCAGCGAAACUAGAUUUGCAGCGGGUAGAAAAGUGAAUUUUGGGUUGUGCAAAAUCCCUCCGAUAGUCAAACGCAGCCGGAACACCAACGGGCGGACACUGAAUCCACGGCUUUCCUGGUGGUGCUAUCAACUCGAAACAGUUUUAGCUGUGAUAGGAACGCGCUUCCCCGAAUCUUCCCAUCCGAAGCACACGACGCGAAAUAAUGCCGCGAGGAAAGUACGUUAACCACAAGGGGCGCAACCGCAACUUUACCAACCCGGAAGAGCUAGAAGCUCAGCGCAAGAAGGACGAGGAGGAGAAAAAAUGGCGCAAGACGCGGGAACAGGACUCGGACGAUGAGGACGAGGACGGGGAGGAGAACGAGGAUGGGGAGGAUGAUUCGGACGAGUCCGAGUCGGACGACGAUAAGGCGAAGGGUGCACAGUCGGUCAUACAGAUACAGAACCCGAAUCGUGUGGCAAAGAAGUCCCACCGGAAGGUGGAGGAAGUGGAGGAGGAUGACGAGCCGCAGUUGACGCGCCGGGAGAAGGAGGAGCUGGAGAAGCAGCGGGCAGCGGCCGCCUACCAGAAACGGCACGCAGAAGGCAAAACGGCACAGGCGAAGGCAGAUCUGGCACGGUUGGCCAUCAUCAAGCAGCACCGUGCGGAAGCGGCGGCAAGGCGUGAGGCUGAAAAGAAAGACAAAGAAGCCAAAAUGAAGAGUGCCGCAUCUUAGAGCUUACAACCGUGUAACGAGAAGCAGCUGUAGGUUAACGACGGUUCGUCCACGAAUUAUCACGCUCCAUCUUUAUGCUCCACCGCUGAUUAUUACCCGAUCGUUGGUAUACCUGUCCCGGAUUUCGGUUAGAGCUGUGUUUGCUUUGUGAGUGUGAGUGUGCAGCGUGUGAUUCUUAUGCACUCUCCUACCCACCACCACCUUCCCCCGUCCUGGAGCCAUGUCAACAAGACACGAAUUCCCAAUUCCCCAAUCCCUACUUCUAGUUGGAUAAGUCUAGAUAUCGCAACACGUUCGGAUUCUUCCCUUUUCCUUCUGCUAGAGUGUUGUACAUCGAUACGCAGUAACUUUAAUUGUACGAUAAAUAUAAAACUCUAAUCGGCC